UGUGUCUACUUCCUUGCUGUUUCCCCCCAUCUCUCUCACCGUUUUCCUUCAGGCAGCAAUAAUAAUGGUUGUGGAUGAGUGGAUCUUGAACAUCCUAGUUCCACCUACGUGCAUAGCUUUGCUCCUUUUCAUUUUACCACCUUACCUCUUAUUCAAGAUUAUCUACUACGUUCUGAGAUCACUACUUAAAGAGAACGUUGCAGGGAAAGUUAUCCUUAUAACUGGAGCUUCCUCAGGCAUAGGCGAGCAUAUAGCAUAUGAAUAUGGAAGAAGAGGAGCGCGUCUGGCUCUUGUUGCUAGAAGAGAGAAUCGACUGAAGGAGGUUGCACAAAGAGCCAUGGCGCUUGGUUCUCCUCAUGUCAUUACCAUUCCUGCAGAUGUUUCCAUACUCAAAGAUUGUCAGCGGUUCGUUGACUGCACGGUCAACCGCUUUGGACGAUUGGAUCAUCUGGUGAACAAUGCUGGGGUUGUUCCUGUUUGCUUGUUUGAACACGCCACUGAUAUCAGUAAUUUUGCACCCGCAAUGGACAUUAACCUGUGGGGUUCGGCGUACGCCACUUAUUUUUCGAUCCCAUACCUCAGAAAAAGCAGAGGCAAGAUCAUAGCAAUAGCUUCCUCGGCUGGAUGGUUGCCUACUCCUAGAAUGAUAUUCUACAAUGCAAGCAAAGCAGCAGUAAUAAGCUUAUAUGAGAGUUUGAGGACUGAACUAGGAAAGGACAUAGGAAUAACCAUAGUCACACCAGGGUUGGUCGAGUCAGAAAUGACACAGGGCAAGUUCUUAUCAAAAGAUGGCCAAAUGGUUCUUGACCAAGAAAUGAGAGAUGUUCUGGUUAGUUUGAUGCCCAUAAGAUCGGUGACGGAAGCUGCCAAGUCAAUAGUGAAUAGCGCCUGCCGUGGAGACCCGUACCUGACAGAACCAGCUUGGAUUAGGACAACUUUGUAUUUGCAGAUAUUUUGCCCUCAACUACUCGAAUAUUUAAGCCGCUGGACCCUAAUUUCAGGCACUUCUGAGAGGGACACAAUUAGCAAGAAGCUCCUUCAUUUAUCAUGCCUGAAGAAAUAUCUCUAUCCUGAAUCAGUCAGAAAUCCUACGCUCCAACCCAACUAGAGUGUAGAUUCUUAAUACAGGCACUUAAAUGACAAUAAAAAUGUGCCGUUCAUGUACUUUUGAUUGCCUCAAUAGUUUGUUCUUCUAGAUUAUAGAGUGUAGAUUCUUAAUACAGGCACUUAAAUGACAAUAAAAAUGUGCCGUUCAUGUACUUUUGAUUGCCUCAAUAGUUUGUUCUUCUAGAUUACAGGGCGUUUACAAUGUGUUUAACAAACUCUCAAGUCUCUUUGUACAAGUCAAAACUUUCUAAAACAGAGAUAAUACAGAGUGAAACGG